UUCCCCACAAUUUAAAAAAGGAACUACCCGACCUCGCUGCCUUCCUCCUAGGCCGUAGGCAGCUAGGGUUUGUUUUCAUUCAUCUCUUCUCUUCCCGUUGCUUUCUCAAGGAGACGGGACGAUUCUCUCAGACCCAGCACUAGUAGCAGCAGCAGCCAUGGCGACCACUAAAGUCCAGAGGAUCAUGACCCAACCUAUUAAUCUCAUUUUCAGGUUUCUUCAGAGUAAAGCUCGCAUCCAGAUAUGGCUUUUCGAGCAGAAGGACUUGAGGAUUGAAGGCCGCAUUAUUGGGUUUGAUGAAUACAUGAACCUUGUUCUGGAGGAUGCUGAGGAGGUCAACAUAAAGAAGAAGAGCAGAAAGGCUUUGGGGCGGAUACUUCUUAAAGGUGACAACAUCACACUGAUGAUGAACACGGGAAAAUGAAGACUAGCUUUAACUGGUGCAUGGAAGGACAGCUUAGUUUGCUGGCAGUAGUUCUAAAGCCAGAUGUAUUGAGAUAUCUGUGACAUUUCUUCUUGCAUCAUUUUUAUCCUCGAGUCUAAAACAGGGAUAUGAUGCACAGCGUCUGUAUUGAUCUUCGUUCGGCUGCAAAUUUGUACCUGUUUAUGUUAAUUUUUCAUAUCUAUUCGGAUUUUCUAGGCAUCUUUUAUCA